AUGCCCGUAACAACAACCCCCCACCCCUCUGUCUCUGCAUCCUCUUCAGCCUCAACUCCACCCGCCCCCAAACCAGUCUUCUUCUGGCAACCCCGCGACGGCAACGGCUACCUCUGCCAAUGGUACUGGUCCAAGUUCACGCUCAACUCCGAAACCUACGUCACAACCGAAAUGUGGAUGAUGGUGCAAAAAGCGCGUUGUUUCAACGACGAAAAGAUUGCGGAACAAAUGCUCGAGACUACGGACCCGAAGACGCAUAAAGAGCUAGGACGGAUGGUUAGCGGGUUUGAUGAGAAGGUAUGGGAUGAACGUAAACUGGAGAUUGUGACCCAAGGCAAUUACCACAAGUUUACUAUUAGCGAGGAUGCGGAGAAUCUGAGAGGCAUGUUGUUGGCUACUGGAGAGAGGGACUUGGUGGAGGCGAGUCCGCAUGAUAGGAUCUGGGGCGUGGGGUUUGCGGAGAAGGAUGCGGAGAGGAAUCGGUAUCGGUGGGGGAAGAAUCUUCUGGGCAGGGCGUUGAUGGAUGUUAGGAAGAGGCUAAGGGAGGAGGAUUGGAAAUGA